AUGUGGGUGCCUUUUCUAGGAAGAGCGGGUUGGAAGUUGUUGCUCGCAAUAGUUGGAUUAGUAUAUGUGGUAAGCAGGGUACCCAGAGAAAAUUCCAAUUUUCUUAUAAAAGAGAGCAUUGUGGAGACAGCCGAUGUUGAAGGAUUGGAUGCAGCUGUUGAACAGUUUUAUUUGGAUCUGUUCAGGUCAAUUAAUCAGUAUAGACCAAUGAACCCACCGGCUAAGAAACAGAAACUUGUGUUCAAGGAUAAAUGUACACUGGUAGCACCAAUAAGUGUCGAAGAGACAUCUGAUGAUACUCUAAAGCAACUAUCAUACAUGACUUUGGACUAUUGCUUUCAUUUGUCACCAACUCAGACAAAUAAUUUGAAGACCGCGCAUAACGGCUAUUGUAGAAGAGUAGAAACAUUAUUCGGUAGCCUGGAUGAGUACCUGCGGGACUCAUUGAUGCCAAGAUAUAAGGGAAUAGUAACGUUAGGUGGCAACGAAAGAACUUUGUCACUAUUGGCGUCUAUUCCUCGUCUAAGGAAAAUGGGAUCUACCUUGCCUAUAGAAGUUAUAUUUCCACCAUAUGUGUCAAAUGAAGAUAAGUUUUGUGAUGACUUCCUGCCAAGGUACAAUGGUAAAUGUAUUUAUAUGUCAAAGGCGUUACCGGAAUAUGUGUUAAAAGCUCAUAAAUUUGAUGAAAAGAUGAUUAGAAUGUUUACCCCCUUGGUUAGCACUUUUAAGUCAAUAUUAUACAUGGAAUCCAAUGAUUUUGCCAAUACAAAUGUUGAUAAAGCUUUUGACUCUAAGUCAUUUACUGACACAGGUUUAGUACUGUGGCCGGGACGGUCUCGGAGAAGCACUUCUCCUGCAUUUUAUCAAAUUGUUAAUCGCAAAAUCGACUUAAACAAUAGAACUAGAAACCUAGCAGACGACGUUUCAAGACCCACAAGGUACACAUCACAGGCGUUGGAAAACAUACAAUUCAAUCUACUGGCACAUACCCCCAUGCACGACCUAGAUGGUGCGAUCCCUGACGCUGUUACGCACGUAGGUCAUUAUAUGAUAGACAAACAAAAGCACUUCAAGACAUUAAUGUUGGCCAUGUACUAUGCAGUACAUGGUGAGAUGUGGUUUGAUAUGAUGUUUGCGCCCGAAAAAGGAUCUUCUGGAUAUCGUGAAAAUAUAGUUGCCGCAGCGCAUGCACUAGAGUUGUCUUACUACCAGGUUCAUUUAAUACCGCGUUCGAUGAGGGGUGGUAGCAAAGAUACUUUACAAAGUGGUGAAACUUUUAUGCAUUUUGAUCCUGACUUCGAUUAUAGAAAACAUCAAGCGCUUGCAGACAAAGUUAAGAGCAAAUUAAUUGACGUUCAUAGCUUUGACAGGAAAUAUACCGCAAUAAGGACGUUUGAGAAAGAUUUAUUGGCUGGCAAUCAAGACGUCAAGUCCAUAUUCAUAGAAAUGCCGUCACCUCAAUUUGACCCAUUGGCAUUGUUCUUCAAGGCAAAGAGUUUGCAGAAAUUAGAUCGAAAAGACAAGGUAGAUGACCUCAUGGCUUUAGAGAGACAAAACUAUUCCAAUUUAAUGGAAGUUCUUUGUAGAGACACGGACCCUCUAGUAUUACAAAUGAUGGUAAAUCAUCCAUCCAAGUACAAAAUGAAGGAUAUGUGUGUCUACUUGAAGAAGAUUGUAACGUCUCUCAAAGUCUAA